UGUUCUUACACACCUAAACUCCCACCCGAAUAUCAAGUCUGUGUCGACAGGGAAGCUUGUUUGAAGCGCACGCGCAACCUACAUUUCCAUUCAAUCGACCGACGGAGGUAGAAAGCCACCAUGCCGCAGGACCUCAAGACAUAUAUGCCCCAGGCAAAAUCACUGAAGCCAGGCCCGCACACCGUUAAUGCUCCUGGCUUCGAAAAAGUAGAUGGCGAGACGAUACCACGACGCAACGUCAAGGCCAAGGACAAGUUACACUCAAGGCCACUCGAAGAGAUUAAGACUAUCCCCGAUAUACUCAAGUAUGCGUCUACAAAGUACGGCAAUGCGAAAUGUGUGGGUACUCGCAAGCUGAUAAAGUUGCAUAAUGAGACCAAAAAGGUCAAGAAGUUGGUCGAUGGCAAGCAACAAGAAGUCGAUAAGAAGUGGACAUAUUUCGAGAUGAGUGGCUACAAGUAUCAGAGUUUCUCUGAGUUUGAGAAGCAAGCUCUGCAAUAUGGCGCUGGUCUUCGGAAGCUCGGGUUGACAGCCGGUGACAAAGUCCAUCUUUAUGCCCCCACGAGUGCCCACUGGCUCUCCAUGGCACACGGUGCCAUGUUUCAAUCCAUGGCCAUUGUUACCGCCUAUGAUACCCUGGGAGAAGAAGGAUUGACCCACUCGAUCAAACAGACCCAGUCCAAAGCCAUGUAUCUGGACUCAACUCUACUGGUCAAGCUUUUGAAUCCUCUAUCAGCUGGAGAGAAUCUCAAGCACCUCAUCUAUGACGAUGCGACCGAGGUCAAGCAGGACGACAUAAGCAAACUGAAAGAGAAAUACAAUGACGUUGAAAUCAUCAGCAUCGCAGACCUUCAGAAGCUGGGUGAAGAAAACCCAGUUGAGGCAGUCAUGCCAAAGCCCGAGGACUUGGCCUGCGUCAUGUACACAUCGGGAUCAACGGGAACUCCAAAGGGCGUCUUGCUAAAACACAAGAAUGUCGUCGCAGCACUAGCUGGUGUUAACCCGGUAGUCGGCCAGUACUUGGGUCCUGGUGACAGUUUGUUAACAUAUCUCCCAUCAGCUCAUAUCUUUGAAUUUGUAUUCGAGAACGCUGUACUGUUCUGGGGAGGCACAAUGGGCUACGGUAACGGCAAGACUCUGUCCGACACCUCUAUGCGCAACUGCAAGGGAGAUAUUCGUGAAUUUAAGCCAACGGUGCUGAUUGGUGUACCUGCGGUCUGGGAGACUGUGAAGAAGGGGAUUAUGGCCAACGUACAAAAGGGUGGAAUGCUCAAAUCCAACAUGUUUUGGGGUGCAUAUGCUGCUAAAAGCUUUAUGUUGAAUAACGGCAUUCCUGGCUACGGCUUGUUGGACAGCAUCGUAUUCAGCAAGGUUCGACAGGCUACUGGUGGAAGGCUCAGGCUUUGCUUGAACGGCGGCGGACCCAUUGCACAGGACACCCAACGCUUCAUAUCUAUUGCAAUCACCGCUAUGAUCAAUGGCUACGGCUUGACCGAGACAUCGGCCAUGGGCGCCUUGAUGGAUCCACAAGCCUGGACUGACGAUGCACUUGGCGAGUUACCGACUAGUAUCGAGACCAAGCUGGUCGACUUUGCCGAUGCUGGAUACUACUCCACUAAUAAGCCUCGCCCACAGGGCGAGAUCUGGAUUAGGGGCGACUCGAUCUCUUCUGGAUAUCUCGAUCUGGAUGAUGAGACCAAAGAAUCUUUCACAGAAGAUGGUUGGUUCAAGACAGGUGAUAUCGGAGAAUUCGAUGAGAGGGGUAAUCUCAAGAUCAUCGACCGUAAGAAAAACCUGGUCAAGACCCUGAACGGCGAGUACAUUGCUCUUGAGAAGCUCGAAUCAAUCUACCGGACUCAUCCAGCCGUGCUAAAUAUCUGCGUCUAUGCUCAUCCUGAGCAAUCGAAACCAAUCGCAAUCGUCGUUCCUUCAGAGCCAGUAGUGCAGAAGACUGCCACCGAGAAUGGUAUCAAGGGCGGCGAUAUCGAGGAGCUCAUUCACAAUGAGAAACUCAAAGAUAUUCUGCUCAAACAGUUCCAAGAGGCCGGGCGCAAAGGCCGUCUCGCUGGUUUUGAGCUCAUCGAUGGGCUUGUGCUCGCCGAUGAAGAGUGGACACCACAAAAUGGAUUCACUACUGCGGCUCAGAAGAUCGACCGUAAGAAGAUCUUCACGAAGUACCAGAAGGAUAUAGACCGUGCAUAUAGCAAAUAGAGAGGCCCACAAGAAGGUACUUCAUGCUGAAAUGAAGAUGCAAGGCCAGGUGGUUUCGUCGUAUCUGUUCAAGUAUAACUUAUAUUAUUGCGAGCCCAUGAUGCUAUGAAGCCCAUUUUGUAUGUAAUAAUGGAUACCUCAAGUACAUAGCU